AUACAAUGUUUGACUAUAGUACAGUAGUGUUACAAAUUGCCGGUGUGGCUAUAUCUGGUUGUACAUGUUCUGUGGUCCAGGCGGUCGUGUCAUGCUGAUUCUAUCCGGGGUCCCAAAGAAGUCAUCGGUUUCUCCUAACACCAGACGUGUUUUAUGACCGUAGGACAAGAGAGGCUUCCUGGUUCAAAGAGUGUCGCCGGGCUCUCUCAGCCUCGAAGCUGCUUGUGCUGUGCUUUCUGGCCUUGGUGCCUUGUGCAACCCAUUUGGCAUAUGCUCGUGCUUGGAGGUCACGAACAGAUAGCCGGCGGGAGUGACUUUCCUCACCUUGUUGGUGGUCGUGGUUGUGGUGGAAGAAUUGCAUGGUGUGUUGGAUUGGUUGUUGUGUGGUGUGAGUGUUGCGUGUGGAUAUAUGAAUCUGUAUUGGAUGUUAUGGUUGAUUGGGCCUUGGGAUUGAGAUGUGAUGGUUUUAAUCGAUGCUUGUAGGCGAUGAUGUUAUUGUGGUGUGAUGGAUGACAGGGGCAGUAUUUGUGGAAAAAGGCGACCUUAUAUAGAUAUGAUACCACCGUCACGACGGCACCCAAAGCCUCGCCGACGUGUUUCCAAAGUACAAAUUUUUU